AGUUGAGGGGGCGAUUUGCCACUUUAUCAAGAGCUCAAAGAAAUCUUUCAAACCAGAAACAGAAAAACAAAACCAGAAUGGCAAUCGCAUCCAUUCUCACCAAUCUCGCAUCUCUUCCACUUAAAUCUUCUCACAGACUCUCCCCACAUUCCAAUCUCUCCACUUCCUCUUUUCCAUUCUACAGUAACAACCCUAAAAUUACCACCGCCGCCGCCGCCGCCGCCACAACAACAACAACCAUUCUUGGCGUCAAUGGUUCAAGAAAGCACCGACCCGUUUCUGUUCGAGCCAUGGCUUCUUUUGGAUCCAGACUAGAAGAGGGCGUUAAAAGGACAGUAUCUGAGAGCCCAGUUGUCGUUUACUCUAAAACUUGGUGCUCAUAUUCAUCUGAAGUCAAAGCGUUAUUCAGGAAGCUUGGAGUGAACCCAUUAGUUAUAGAAUUGGACGAACUGGGUGUCCAAGGACCCCAGAUACAGAAGGUACUGGAAAGGCUUACUGGACAACACACUGUUCCAAAUGUAUUUAUUGCGGGCAAACACAUUGGAGGUUGCACAGAUACUAUGAAGCUAUACCAGAAAGGAGAACUUGAACCUUUGUUGUCAGAAGCUGAUGCUAAAAGUACAUAAGUCUUGUACCCUUGUUGUUUUGUCGACUUAGAAAUCCAAUUUCCUAGAAAAUUUGCCACGCCUUUGCUUAUCAGGAGCGCCAUUUUUUCAACUUCAUUGGCGCCAAUCUGUUUGGCUCCCCCCUGUGUUGAUCUCUUUAACUUGAAUUGUGCAUUGAACUCGUUGGAGUUUGUUGUUGCAUAAUCACAUUGGAACCUUCUCUAUUA